UCCAUCAUACGGAAUGGAGGCUUUCCUAACACUUGGAGUGUAUUUUGUCCUUUUAUUUAAGUUAGUCAAUUGUUCCAAUGUUUCACUUGAAGGAAGAAUUGUUGGUGGCAAGGAAAUCAACAUCAGUAUGUGUCCAUAUCAAGUUUCGGUUCGAUAUUCCGAUAGUCACAUUUGUGGAGGGACCAUCAUAUCGAAUGAUACCAUCCUAACCGCUGGACACUGCACCGAUGGACAGACUGCAGAAUCCCUCAGCAUUCGUCAUGGCUCGAGUUAUGCUGACUAUGGAAUUAAACAUCAAGUCACACAAAUCAUCCAACAUCCAGACUUCUAUGCAGAUUAUUAUGAAAAUGAUGCUGCCUUACUGAAAAUCACUCCACCAAUCAAAUUCACACGAUCAAGUCAGCCAGCUAAAUUGGCGACACGCAGAUCACCUGAUAACGCCGAAGCUAUUAUCUGUGGAUGGGGUGUCCACCAAGAGUAUGCCGAUACCACGGAUUUGGGGAAGAAAAGCUUACGAGCUGUUACCCUUCGAGUUGUAAAUCGGCGGGCUUGUCAACUUGCCUAUCGGAAUUUCCGAAAUGAUGAGAACCAAAUGUGUGCAGCUGCGAGGAAUAAGGAUAAUUGUCAGGGUGAUUCUGGAGGAGGAUUGUUGGCAAAGAGCAGGCGGGAGAUGAUUGGUAUCAGUUCAUGGGGCGAUGGAUGCGCUAAAGAAGGAAAACCCGGAGUGUAUACAUCUGUUCCGGGUAUCCUGCCGUUUAUAAGGAAGAAUUUGUAGUUUUUUGUGAAAUAAAAGAAUUUGAUUUAAUUUGUAA